GGGCUUUCAAGGCUCAAUUAGUUUAAUAUGAUUUUUGGGUUCAUAGGUUAACAGAACUUCAUCUUCACCAAAGGGUUAAUCCGGGGUUUAACAUAUUGGAAAUAAAUCUAAACAAUUGCAAGUUGGAUUCUCUUAAAUAAAUGCAUAAUCUAAUAAUUUCAUCUUUUCCUAUUCAAUCUUUCUCCAAAUCUAUCUGAUAAUGGCGUCAAUUCCUAAUCACGGUCCGCUUAAACCUACCGACCAGUAAUAAGGUGACUACCAAAGCGGCACCCUCCAUCAUCUCAUCAUGUCUCUGCAACUAAAAUCCCUGUUCUUCAUCUUACAACUUUUAGCUUUACUGAUUUCAAUCUCAUCAUCAGACCCAAACCCACAAUUCCCAUGCCAGCCUCCCCACUUUAACUCUUACCCCUUCUGCAACACUUCCCUGUCUAUCACAGACAGAGCUCAAUCUCUCAUUUCUCUGCUCACACUUGAAGAAAAGAUCUAUCAACUCUCCAACAAUGCUUCAGGGAUCCCAAGACUUGGAAUUCCUCCUUACGAAUGGUGGUCAGAGUCACUUCAUGGGCUUGCCAGUAAUGGCCCUGGAGUUAACUUUAAUGGUUAUGUUAAAGCAGCAACCAGUUUCCCCCAGGUUCUUGUCACUGCUGCUUCUUUCAAUAGAACCCUUUGGUUCAAGAUUGGGUUGGCCAUAGGUAUUGAAGCUAAAGCCAUGCAUAAUGUUGGACAAGCUGGUUUGACUUUUUGGGCACCAAAUAUUAAUAUUUUUAGGGAUCCCAGAUGGGGAAGAGGGCAGGAGACUCCUGGCGAGGAUCCCUUGGUUGUUUCAGCUUAUGCUAUCCAAUUUGUAAAGGGCUUCCAGGGUGGGUCCUGGAAGGCUAGUGGAGAACUCAUAGAUAGGUUUGAGAGAAAGAGGGCACUUGGAGGAUAUAAUGAUGAUGAGAGUGGUGAUAGACUUAUGAAUUCUGCUUGUUGCAAGCAUUUCAUUGCUUAUGACUUGGAGAAGUGGAAGAAUUUCAGUCGAUACUCCUUCAAUGCCGUGGUCACAAAGCAAGAUAUGGAGGAUACAUAUGAACCACCCUUUCGUAGUUGUAUCCAACAAGGCAAGGCAAGUUGCUUGAUGUGUUCCUACAAUGCAGUUAAUGGGGUGCCAGUUUGUGCGCAGGGAGAUCUUUUACAAAAAGCUCGAAAUGAAUGGGGCUUCAAAGGAUACAUCACCUCAGAUUGUGAUGCUGUGGCAACAGUUCAAGAAUACCAGAAUUACACAAGAAAAGCCGAUGAUGCUGUUGCUCUAGUUCUUAAAGCAGGAAUGGAUAUUAACUGUGGAUCAUAUCUCGUUCGACAUACUCAGACUACAAUUGAGGAAGGGAAGUUGCAAGACAAAGACAUCGAUAGAGCUCUUCUGAACCUUUUCUCGGUCCAACUCCGUCUUGGGCUGUUUGAUGGAGACCCCAGAAAGGGGCAGUUUGGAGAGUUGGGACCUCAAAACAUUUGUACCACAGAGCACAAGAUGCUGGCACUUGAAGCAGCAAGGCAGGGAAUUGUUCUUCUGAAGAAUGAGAAGAAGUUCCUGCCUCUGAAUAGAAAUGUUGUUUCUUCCAUAGCUAUCAUUGGUCCAAUGGCUAACAACAUAAGUAAUAUGGGUGGUGACUACACAGGUUUCCCAUGUGACCCAAAGAGCUUUUAUGAGGGACUGCUAGGCUAUGUAGAGAAGGCAUCUUAUGCAUCUGGUUGCUCAGAUGUGCCUUGUGAUUCUGAUGCUGGGUUUAAUGAUGCAAUUCUUAGUGCAAAGAAAGCUGAUUUUGUGGUUGUAGUUGCUGGGCUGGAUUUGUCCCAAGAAACUGAAGAUCAUGACCGAGUUAGUCUCCUCUUGCCUGGUAAACAGAUGUCCUUAGUGUCUUCUGUUGCUGCAGCAAGUAAAAGACCGAUAAUUCUUGUUCUUACUGGUGGAGGACCCCUUGAUGUAUCGUUCGCUGAAGGAGACCGGAAUAUUGCAAGUAUUCUCUGGGUUGGAUACCCUGGGGAAGCUGGUGGAAAGGCACUUGCGGAGGUCAUCUUUGGUGAUUUUAAUCCAGGUGGAAGACUUCCAAUGACUUGGUAUCCUGAAUCAUUUACAAAGAUUGCAAUGAAUGAUAUGAACAUGCGUGCCAACCCUUUUCGUGGUUAUCCUGGGAGAACUUACCGUUUUUACACCGGAAAUAGAGUGUAUGGCUUUGGCCAAGGCUUAAGCUAUACCAAAUUCACCUACAAACUCUUGUCUGCUCCAAGAACAUUAAGUUUAUCAGGGUCUAUUACAGGCACUUUGACUGAGAAGAUACUGCACCAGAGAGAACUUGAUUAUAUACAUGUCGAUGAGCUGACAUCAUGUGAUUCAUUGAGCUUCUAUGUGCAUAUUUCUGUAGCAAAUGUCGGAGAUAUGGACGGAAGCCAUGUUGUCAUGUUGUUCUCUAGAGCACCAAAAAUUUUCGAGGGAACUCCAGAGAAGCAAUUAAUCGCAUUUGAUCGUGUACAUACUAGUUCAUACGGAUCAACAGAAACAAGCAUUAUAGUAAAUCCUUGUGACCACCUUAGCAUUGUGGACAAACAUGGAAAAAGGAUAUUGCCCCUUGGUGAACAUCUUCUAACACUGGGAGAUUUGGAGCACUCAGUGUCAAUUGUAACUUAGUAAUGCUGUCAAGAAACCGAGCAUGAUGAUUUUUUUUUUUUAUUUAAUAACAAUCUGCAAAUUGGUUCAGACAA